AUGGCCCGCGGCGCGAUCCCCGUCGACACCUCCUUCCCCGACAUGCUCCUCUGGGCCGCGGCCGUCUUCGCCAUCAAGAUCACGCUCAUGCACGCGCUCCAGGUGCGGUCGCGGCUCAUGACGGGCGACAACAAGUCGUCGCGCCAGGCCCACUGGGUCGAGGACGAGUCCAUCCCGGACGUCUUCCUCAAGGCCUUCCAGGUCAUGUUCGUGACCUUCGCGGGCCCCGUCCUCGACAUCAACCGCCUCGGCGGCGCGCAGCAGAACGCGGCGGAGAACGAGCUCUUCUUCCUCGCGCUCGGUUCGUUGCUCUCGGCCCACGGCUCCGUGCCGGCGAACGGCGCCGACAUCGUCAAGUACUACGUCUACUCGCGCCUCGUCCACGCGGCGACGUUCGUCUUCAAGGCGCCGCAGCCCGCGCGCGCGCUCGCCUGGGCCUCGGGCAUGGCCUGCAUGAU